AUGAAGAUUCUUUUCUGGAAUCUUCGCGGAUUUGGUAAUCCGGAAACUAGAAUAGCUUUGAAAAACUAUUAUGUUUCUCAUAAUCCGGACAUUAUAUUCUUAGCUGAACCCAUGAUUGAGUUUGUGAAGCUGUGGGCAGAUCUCACCAUGCUCCAGUCACAAUAUAGAGGUCCCUGGUUGUUUGUUGGAGAUUUUAACGCGGUUCUUGGGGCACAUGAAAAACGGGUAUCUGUAAUCAAGCGUGGCAGUCAGGAUCACCAUCCCUUGCUGGUCAGUCAGGAUUUUUCCAGCACCAAGCAUGCAGCGCCUUUUCGCUUUUACAAAGCUUGGGUUUCGCAUGAAGACUGUGCUCGGGUCGUCAAAGAGGUUUGGGCGAAACCUGUUCAUGGCUCUCUGAUGCUUUGCUUACAAGCCAAACUGAAGAGACUUAAGGCGGCACUCAAGGAAUGGAAUUUAGCGGUGUUUGGAAAUGUUGAUCACAAUGUUAAUUCUGCCAUAGAAGUCAAUCGAGUGCAGGUGCUGAUAGAUGAGAACGGGGUAACUGAUGAACUGCAAAAGCGCGAAUUCGAGGCACAAUUGUUACUGUCCAAGGUGCUAAUGGAGCAGGAUAAUUUUUGGCGCGAAAAAGCUCGCGUUAAUAAUUUUUCUUUUGGUGAUUGCAAUACCGCUUAUUUUCACAGGUUAGCCAAAAUCAGAACAGCUUCUAAACCGAUUGCUUUCCUCCAGCAUGACUAUGGUAUUAUUACUAUGGAAGAUGAAUUGGAAAGCCAUAUUGUCAAUUAUUUCAAGACCAUUUUUUGUGAAACUAAUAAUUGUAUAGCAAACUCUAUGGUCCAAGACUGUAUUCCAUCUUUAGUGUCUCCGGAAGAUAAUGUUUCUUUGACCACUCUCCCAUCUGAGUUGGAUAUAAAAACAGCAGUGUUCGACAUGAAUGGAGACGGCGCGCUGAAAAUUAUAACAAAGAUUUUGGCUGGCAGACUUUCGUUGAUAGCAACUAAGAUAAUCUCUCCACAACGUGGUUUUAUUCCUGAGAGACACAUCUCCGACUGUGUGAUCAUUACUUCAGAAGCGAUCAAUGUCCUAUCCAAGAAGAGUUAUGCAGGAAAUAUUGCUCUCAAAAUUGACAUCAGAAAAGCCUUCGAUACGCUGGACUGGAAUUUUCUAUUAUCUGUCCUCAAGCAUUUUGGCUUCUGCGCUACCUUUUGUGCUUGGAUAGAGGAGAUUCUGCUUUCCGCUAGACUGUCUGUACUUGUGAAUGGUAAGCUAGCCGGUUUCUUUAACUGUACGAGGGGUGUCAGACAGGGGGAUCCACUGUCACCUCUACUCUUUUGCAUUGCUGAAGAAGUGCUGAGUCGAAGCAUCUCUAACGCUUUACUCAAUGGAGAGCUCAGUCUGAUGACGCAUUGCCGUAAUACGCCAAUUCCCUUUCAUGUUCUUUAUGCAGACGACAUUAUGGUAUUUUGCAAAGGUUCAAAGAAAAAUAUCCGCUGCCUGAUGCGUAUAUUUCAUGCUUAUGGACAAAUCUCCGGUCAAGAAGCAUUCCUUUCAAUUACCUCGGGUGCCCGAUUUUUGUUGGAAAUCCAAAGGUUAUUCAUUUCAAAGCUUGCCUCAUGGAAGGGUGCGCUGCUGUCAAUUAUGGGGAGAGUCCAAUUGGUUAGAGCCAUUAUUCAUGGGAUGCUGAUAUAUUCCUUUCACAUUUAUGCCUGGCCACAAAUGCUUUUGAAAAAGAUAGAUAGAUGGAUCCGUAACUUUAUUUGGAGCGGCGAUAUCAAUACGAAAAAAGUUUGUACCGUAGCUUGGAGUAAAGUAUGCAGACCGUUUGCUGAAGGAGGGCUGAAUAUUCGCUCGCUUCGUCGCAUUAAUGAUUCUUUGAUGCUUCAUUUGUGUUGGAAAUUUCUCUCUUGCAAUGAUCAAUGGGCGGUUAUGUGUCGAGCACGAUUUUUAAAAUGGGGCCAGCCAUUGAAUACCUUCUUGAAGUCUUCGGUUUGGCAUGGUAUCAAGCGGCAUGUGACAUCAGUCAAGAAUAAUUCACGGGGACUCAUUGGCACUGGUAACGACAUUGCAUUUUGGUUGGACACUUGGCUCCAUACUCCAUGGGCUGAACUGUUCCAUUUUCCCCCAUCGUCCUAUUACUUAUUCAACGCAAAGGCGUCGUCUUUUAUUGAAAACGGAACAUGGAAUAUACCAGAAAGCAUUAUGCAGCAGGAUGCUUCGAUUAGAGCACUCAUAGACCAAGUAAUUUUGCCCCGUCGAGAACUUGAGGACCGACUGGUAUGGUGUCCCUCCGAGGAUGGCUCUUUGAGUGCCAAGCAAGCCUAUGAUUUUUUAUAUGCGGCGCAACAACCAGAGGAGUGGACAGAUUGGGUUUGGCACAUGUUUGUUCCUCCAUCAACAUCAUUUAUUGCUUGGAGAUGUUUUCAAAAUAAAAUGCCAACUGACGAAAAUCUCAUGAAACAAGGUUGCAUCGUGGUUUCCGCUUGUGACCUUUGCCUCACUCACUUUGAAUCAACCUCACAUUUGUUCCUCUCAUGUACUUUUGCAACACGCCUUUGGAGUUGGCUGGGUUCCUUAUUGAGAACUGUGUUCAAUGCUACUAGUUUCUUCACAAUAUUUGAGAGCUUUGAACCAACUUGGAGUGCAUCACUUACUAAGAUUGCAACUGCUGCUGUGCUGCAUGUUUUACACUAG